AUGGCUGAGGCCCCAUUCUCCUUCCUCCCAUUGGGAGCCAUCAUACAAUCUUUCAAAGUCAAAGACACCAACAUUGUCCUUGGCUUCCCGAGCCAAGAGCUAUACGUGAAAUACAAUACGCCCCAUUUUGGGGAAACGAUUGGCCGCGUCGCCAACCGUAUCAAAGGUGCUCACCUGGACUCGGUCAACGGCAGGUCGUAUCCGUUGGUUGCAAAUCACGGACCCAGCACAUUGCACGGCGGCAUCGUCGGAUGGGGCAAGCGUAUCUGGAAUGGCCCCAAACCGGUCGGCGUGAAACAGAUUCCGGGCGUGGGUGACCUCCAAGGUGGAGAGAGCGUCGAGUUCACCCUCACUAGCGAGGACGGCGAUGAAGGCUUUCCUGGUGCAGUAGAGGCCAAGACUACUUACACGACGGGUACGCAGACCAAGAACGGCAAAGAGGUUCUUGUCCUUGGAAUCGAGUACGAGGCGAGGCUGGUGGACGGUGCUGAGGAAACUCCCAUCAACUUGACAAACCACUCAUACUUCAACCUCUCUGGAGAUGCCACGGUAGACGGCACCGUGGUGACCCUUGCUACGAGACAUCAGCUGCCCAACGACGAGCAUUCGGUCCCUAUUGGACCUCCACAGCCAUAUAGCAUCGAUACAACCAAGCCUUUUACGCUCACGGCGACGGAGCCCAGUAUCGACAAUUGCUUCACCAAGAUCUCAGACCCGGCUUCGGUACCAAUUGAUACCCGCUCAGAGCCACUCACACUUGAUCUGGCAGCCAGCCACCCCAAGACUGGUAUUCACCUUGAGGUCUUGAGCACGGAGCCCUCUUUCCAGUUCUAUACUGGCGACUUCGUAAAUGUUCCCGCCGUGAAAGGCGUCAGUGCCAAGAGUUGCCGCAGCGCCUUCUGCUGCGAGCCUUGCCGAUGGGUUAAUGCGGUCAAUGUUCCCGAGUGGAGGAGCAUGAGUUUGUUGAAGAGAGGCCAGACGUAUGGAAGCAGGAUUGUGUAUAAAGCCUGGUCUGAUUAG